CAAGUUCUGCUUUUAUUUUUCAGCCUCUAGGAGUGGGAUCAACCCAUGGACUUCCUCUUUCUGGCUAAUCUCACCUGACCUGGUUCCUUCAAGCUCCUCCUAGGAGUCCGUCUGCAGCGCUGCACGUCUGCAGCGGAAACCGUCAUUCUCCUGGCACAGCCUCGUCCUCUUUUACGCUUGUUCAUUUCAGGAAGCCAAUACCACCCACCUGGUUGCUUCAUCCCAUUAUAAGCUAGUUAGCUGAAAAGAAUCUGUCAACUUCCAAAGCCAGACAAGAUGCCUUCUUCAGUUGCACCAGAUCAAGGAGAAGAUUUGGAGCCCUCGGCUUUACGAUUUUCGGACCUAGAUUUAAAAGAUUCAAGACGCAUCAACCCCACGAGCCGUCUCAAAGCAGAGUUAGAUGUCAGUACAAAGAAGAAAUUCUCAUUUGCAAAAAAAAAGGCCUUUGCCCUUUUUGUCAAGACCAAAGAAUUCACAGAAGCGCCUUUGCAGUGUAAAGAGAAAAGGUGGAAGUGCUGUCAGCAACUAUUCAGGGACCAGACAGGCAUCCAUAGACAUGUGGCAGCACGACACGCCGAUGAGGUUUGCCACCACACGGCUUGUAUUUUAAAGCAGCUGUCUGUGAGCACCUUGGACAGUCUUAAGUCUGCAGAUGAACGGAACCCUUUAAAAGAGCCCCUUACUCACGACCGUGACGUGUCUGCCUGGCUCCCUGACAUAAGCUGUUUUAACCCUGACGAGUUGAAAAGCGAGCAGGGCGGCGAUGGAGGAGAGGUGCUGCUUUAUUACUGCUACUGUGACCUGGACGAUCCCAACUGGAUUUGUGCCUGGCAGACGGCUCUCUGCCAGCACCUGCACCUCACAGGCAAAGUUCGAAUUGCUACAGAAGGGAUCAAUGGGACAGUUGGUGGAAGCACACUGGCCACCAGACUGUACGUGGAAGCCAUGCUUUCCUUCCCAGUGUUUAAGGACUGUCUAUGUAAGGAUGAUUUUAAGACUAGCAAAGGAGGAGCUCACUGUUUUCCGGAGUUGCGUGUUGGUGUGUUUGAAGAAAUUGUACCCAUGGGGGUCAGUCCCAGUAAGAUCUCCUACAAGAAGCCCGGAAUCCAUUUAUCUCCAAAUGAAUUCCAUAAAGAAGUAAAGAAGUUUUUGUCUCAGACAAAGCAUGCACAAAGUGACACUAUUCUCCUGGAUUGUAGAAACUUCUACGAGAGCAGAAUAGGGCGAUUUGAGGGCUGCCUAGCUCCGGACAUCAGGAAAUUCAGUUACUUCCCUAGCUACGUUGACAAAAAUGUAGAACUCUUCAGAGAGAAGAGGGUGCUGAUGUAUUGCACUGGGGGCAUCCGUUGUGAGCGGGGUUCAGCCUACCUUAAAGCCAAGGGAGUGUGCAAGGAAGUGUUCCAGCUUAAGGGUGGCAUCCACAAGUACCUGGAAGAGUUUCCUGCUGGCUUUUACAAAGGGAAAUUGUUCGUUUUUGAUGAGCGGUAUGCCUUGUCCUACAACAGUGACAUAGUGUCAGAAUGUUCAUACUGUGGGGCCCCUUGGGACCAGUAUAAGCUCUGCUCUACGCCUCGUUGCCGCCAGCUUGUCUUGACCUGCCUUGCCUGCCAAGGACAAGGACUCACAGCCUGUUGUGUUGUAUGUCAGGACAAAGGCAGGAGGCCGGCUUCAUGCCCUACACUGAACAGCUUCAAGGAGGAGUGUGAGUGCACAGCCCGACGGCCUCGUAUUCCUGAUGAACUUUCACAGCCUACACAACUGCCCGUGAGCCCAGAACCCAGACCUGACGUUGAGGAGAACGGGCCGUGCUUACGUGAGCGUUUCCACAAGCCCUCACAAAGCUAGGCUGGAAGAGGCCACACAUAGGACACUAUCAAGGCUGCAGCAGCAGAGAAGUGGGGAACUUCAGUCCUGGCCAAGGCCACUGUCACAGAUGGUUACCUGGACUUCUGAGUGGGUACUGGCCACUUACCUGAGACAUUUUGACCCAGCAUACUAGAACACAGAAAAAGGUGAGCUCUGGGAUUUCAGAGAUGCUGUGGGAUAGUCUUGAGUCUGGUGAACAGAUCGUGCCCUCUGUACUGUGCAGUAAGCUUGUCUGUCCUAGUGGACAACUGUGUGAAAACAUUUCUGUACAUGAACUUGCUCUGAUCCACGCCACUUAGGGCAUCUGUGCCCCCCACCUUCUCUGCCAUCCUGAACAUAGGAGAUCACAAGUCUGUAGAGCAUGGCAUCUGGCCCACCUCCUGCGUUUGUAAAGAAAGUUGUACUGGGAUAGUCACGCCCAUUCCUUAUCUAAUGAUCCAUGGCAGUAUGAGUGCUUGGGACAGAGACCUUAGGGGCUGCAAAACCCAAACAGUCCCUGUCUGGCCCUUUACAGGACCAAAACACAUCAGCAAACAAAACGACACCCGGUCUAGAUUCACAGCUCUCCUGGGGGAGCAGAUGUUCUGAAGAUGUGACUCACCUUCAUCCUCUGUUGGUUUAGCCUGUGAGAGGUUCUCCCCAGCAGCCUCUGCUACCCUUGAUUGCUUUGGCUUAACAAGUAUCUCGGGAUAUGAGGUACCGAGUUGGGGACAUCCAGAGCUGUUAAUGGUGGCUGCACAGCCUUCUGGCCAACACACCAGCCACAUUUCCGUUACACAGGUCCCAAGAACACAUACACAGUCAUACAUAGACCAUUAAUAGAUUUAAUAUUAUAUUGCAGUUUCCAGUGAUGCCGAAUACAGCUGCAGUUGUGUUUCAAGGAGAAGCCGGGUGGGGCUGGCUGUCCCUGCAGCAUGGAGCCACUCCAGGGCCCAUUUGCAGCCUCAGUAGACAUUCUUCCAUAGUGGUGAGGCCCUGGCUCCAAGCUCUGCUUUACCCUGUACCCUCCAUAUGAUAAUAGUUCAGUGUACAAGACUUUCCCUCUGUCUUCAGAAGCUUCUCUGCAGCUUACUCUGUGCUGAUCAGCUCUUUGGCCUGUCUUUUUUAUCUAUAAAAUUUGCAGAAUCACUCAUGAAAACAACUCCUCAAAACAACACAAAUUCUAGUUUAACUGGCACUGUGGCAUAUUAAAAGGCACAAGGGCAUUGUGGCUUAACAUUUUUGCUGGAUCCCAAGAGACACACAUGAUAUUUAAGAGGGGUCUGGCAGAAACAACACAAUUCUAUUUUCCAAAUAAUCAUCUUGAGGUCAUUUGGACAGGAUGUCCCAGUUUUUUAGCAUCUGGAUUUUCUUACGCAUUGACAUCCAGAAACUAGUUUACAGGUGUAAAAUCAGCAGUGACUUAUCAGUGACAUGACAGCCAAAGUCUAUACACACAAACUUGAUGGAGUAUUACCUCACAUAGGGCAUUUGCUGACUGGCCAAGACAGAAAUGUAUUUUUAAGUAGUCAGCCAUAGAUUUUCAUAGCCACCAUAUAAUUGAUAAUUUGAGAAGGGGAAAAAAAUUCUGAUUGCCCUUAAAGUAUCAAUAUUUCCCAGGUGUUCAGAAAGGACACUCAGAAAUGUUUGGUGCACUUAGGAUUUGGUAAAAACAGCAUAUCUGAAACAUGAAAUUUUACUGUUGUCUCUGUCUAUUGUUUCCUUGUAUCCAGCAAAAUGAAACUGUUUGGGGAUUCCAGGUAGGGCUCUGGCUUUUCCUUUCUCCCAUGACAAUUAAAAUCAUGUUCUUGAUUCAGUGA